AUGACCCCGAUCCCUCAGAUUCCCACCCCGGCUCAUACGCUCGCGGAUUCCAUGUUGUCUAGACACUUCGGCCGAGAGACUGUGAACUACUUCUCCAGUUCUCCUAUUAACCGCCUAUCGUUUUUGCGUUCGGAUCACCCAUUCCUCUCAACAGCCCUAAAGCACCCCUCCGCCCGGUUUGUACUCUUGAACAACCUCGCACCGUUGACGACCCCGUCACCGGUACAAUUACACUAUGCCAAAUAUGACGAAAUUCGAAGGCUCGUGCCUCAAGAUACCUUUGACACGCCCGAGGAGGACAUGCUCAAGAACUAUGAUUCGAGCAAGUCCCAUGCGACCUUGAUCUUCCUAGGAUUGGACGAAAGUCGCAAGGAAGGAGGAUUGGCAUGGAAGAUCUACCAAGGAACACCUUAUUUCGCAGUCGACGUCACCCCUAAGGGCUCUGAAGAACAGCAGACUGCAGCAAAGGAUGUUAUUAGCACCAUGGAGGCAAAGGGUCUGUCGUUCUUCCAAACACGAGUUCACAUGUCUUUCUCCGCAGACGAAGCUGCAAUCUAUGCGCAGGCCCGCGCCCUGAUGGACUGGAACACCCGCAACACAUUCUGCGGAACAUGCGGAUGCCGCACCCUAGCAGUAAAUGCUGGAACCAAGCGAGCCUGCCCACCUACCGAUGCGGCCCGGACCGCCGAGGGCAAGACCGUCGAGCGACCAGAAUGCAAUACCCGGACUACACUCUCAAACCUUUCAUUCCCGCGCACCGACCCGACGAUCAUCGUGGCAGUGGUCUCAGCAGAUGGCAAGCGCAUCCUACUCGGACGCUCUAAGCGAUUCCCGCCAAGUUUGUAUUCGACACUGGCUGGAUUUAUUGAGCCGGCUGAAUCGGUGGAAGAUGCUGUGCGCAGAGAGGUGUGGGAAGAAGCGGGUGUUACUUUGUCUCGUGUUGUUAUCCACUCUUCUCAGCCGUGGCCUUAUCCUGCCAAUUUAAUGAUUGGUGCUCUUGCGCAGGUUAGUGAUCCUGCCCACGAGACGAUCUCUUUACUGCAUGAUCCUGAGUUGGAGGAUGCGCGGUGGUUUGAGAUUGAAGAGGUUGAGGAGGCGUUGCGCAUUGGAACUGGUGAUUUGGGCGCUCAGCCUGGUCCGGAGUAUAAGGGUGGUUUGAGAUUACCUCCUCCUACGGCCAUUGCCAACCAAUUGAUAAAGGCUGCUAUCAGCGCGGAGUAUUUCGCCACAGAGAAGCAGUCUAAGAUGUAA